UGUUACUGACGUUCGCGGCCUUCCUUCCCUCUCAACGUCCUCCAGAGUGAAAUUAUCCCUUUGGAACUCUCUGUACCACCUGAAUAUAGUCGUACGAUGAGGACAAUCGUUUUUUAAUGCAAGCCUAAUUUCUUCUAAGCACUGGUCUAUGCUUAAACCACCGGUAAAGUUAUACCGUCAAACUGCCCUCAUAGACAUGUCUCAACAUGCAGUAACAUGCAGCCUCCUGCGUCCGUUUGUUAAGUCACAUUGCAAAACUUUGUAUUUUGGCGUGAAAUGUAUUCAGAAUCUCACAUAGAAUCCAAAAAU